AUGAUCUCAAUUAUCCAGUACUACGUCAAUGAGUUGCUGGAGUUGACGAAGCUAGAUCACGCGAGCAUCAAGGUGUUGGUGUGCACCUUGCUUUCGUAUCCCGUUGGCAUUGUGUUCAAACGAUUACCAGACCGCAACUAUACGUUGAAGAAUCUAUUUAUCGUUUCCGUUUCUGCAUUCUAUGUCUUUGGCAUCUGCAACUUGAGAAGCGGGUUUGCCACGCUUUUCAUUGCCGCCAUGGGAUCUUAUUUCAUCACGAGAUACUUGUCAACGCCAAACAUGCCGUGGAUCAAUUUCUUAUUCUUGAUGGUCCACUUGUUAUACAACCACGCUCGGCUUCAGUUCUUUGCCGAGUAUGACCACACUGCGAUCGAUAUCAGUGGCGCGCAAAUGAUUUUGGUGAUGAAGUUGUCUGCCUUUGGAUGGAGCGUCUACGACGGCAAGCAAGCACCCGAGUCGCUCACGGAGUACAAUCGAUCGAGAGCAAUCAAGAAACACCCCAACAUCUUGCCGUUCAUUAGCUACCUGUUCUUUUACGCUUCGCUAUUGACCGGCCCAGCGUUUGAUUACGCCGACUACGACAGGUUUAUACGCUCAACCUUGUUUGACGACGUUCCAGAGGAGAAAAGACCCGGCACGAAAGUGAGAAGAAGAAUCCCCAAAAGCGGCAAGGAGGCCACUUUCAAGCUUCUUCAAGGGUUCUUCUGGGCGUUCUUGUUGCUCCAGUCUCCGAAAUAUGCCGAUAUGGACUACAUGUACUCUUCAUCCUUCAUGGACACGCACGGGUUUUUGUAUAGGGUGCUUUACAUGUGGGUCUUGGGGUUCACGUACCGGUUGAAAUACUAUACAAUCUGGCUAAUUGCCGAAGGAGCGUGCAUCUUGUGCGGGAUCGGAUACAAUGGCAUCGAUCCGAAAACUGGCGAAAGCAGAUGGGACAGAGUCCAGAAUAUCGACCCCUGCGGGUUUGAGACUGCACAGAAUGUCCGUGGUGCUUUUGAAGCUUGGAAUCAAAAUACAAACAAGUGGUUGAAACACUAUGUUUAUUUGCGAGUGGUGAAGCCGGGCAAGAAACCCGGUUUCAAAAGCACUGUUUUCACCUUUUUGACGAGUGCAGCUUGGCACGGCACAAUGCCGGGCUACUACUUGACGUUCCUUCUUGGCGCUUUCCUUCAAACCAUUGGUAAGUACUACAGGCGGAACAUUCGACCCCUUUUUUUGACUGCGGAUGGAAGCCCAAAGCCCACCAAGCGCGUUUACGAUUUGGUGUGUUGGUUCAACACGCAAGUAGCAGUUGGAUUCUUGGCUCAGCCGUUUGUCAUUUUGGACUUGGAUAAGUCGCUAUACUGCUGGGGCACGGUAUAUUUCUGGUUGGUGGUUGUUGUUGCCCUUACAUUUUUCAUAUACCAGGGCCCCUUUGCAAAAUAUUUCAAGAGCAAAAGACCAAAGAAACCCGUUGCGCUGGCCGAUGUUGCUGUUGCAAAAGGUCAUCUUGCCGACUCACAAUUAUCUGCAAAGGAGAACCGAGACGUUUCCCAAGUGGUGAAGAAGAAAUUGGAAAAAGAAUACGAUGCGCCUGCGUUGGGGAUCCCUUCGUUUGACGUUUUCCAAAAUUUCGACAAAGACGAGCUCGAUGAAGACAUUAAACAUUUGCAUGAAGCCUGGGACUCUUUCAAGUCGCGCAAGCUUUUGCAAGACGACGAUUUCGAGGGGUUGAGAGAAGCCUACAGAAAGUUUUCCGACGAGAUUAAUAGCAUUUUCCACAAGACAAAGGAGGAGAUUGUCAAGGAAAAGGGAAAGAUUCUGGAGGAGCUCGAAAAGGAGAAGGAAAAGAUCCUGAAGGGGAUCGAGGUGGGGAAGGAAAAGACCAUGAAACACGAGUGA